AUGAUGCUCAUCGAAAGUCUUGAUUUGACAGAAGUUAUUCUUACUCGUUGUAUCUUAGCAAUAUGUAUGAUUUUGGGUAUUAUUGGUUGUUUGUUUAAUCUUAUGAUUUUUUGUCAAAAGAAAUUUCGUUCAAAUUCAUGUUCAGUUCAUUUUAUAACAACAUCUAUUUUUAAUUUAUUGGUUAUUCUAUGUGGUAUUAUUCCAGAACUUCUAGCUUCUUAUCAAAACUAUGAUAUAGCUUUAUAUUCAUCAACAUUUUGUAAAGCUAAAUCAUAUAUAAUACAUGUUUUUUUAAUGAUAUCUCGUUCAAGUGUUGCACUAGCUUGUAUUGAUCGAUUUGCUUUAUGUUCACCUAAUGCUAAUAUUCGUCGUUUAAAUCAACGUCAUAUAAGUAUUUUAUUAGUGAUUAUGGCAUGUAUUCUAUGGUUAAUUGUACCCAUUCAUGUUCUAGUUUAUGUUGAUAUUCAAAUACCUAAUCGACGAUGUGGUGGUUCAAGUACAUAUUUAAUUAUCUAUAGUAUUUAUGCAGCAAUUGUCACAUCGAUACCACUUGUUAUAAUGAUUAUAUAUUCAUUUUUGGCUGUUCGAAAUGUUCAACUAACUUUUGUUCGAAUUCAGGCGACUACAAUAAAUACUAAUGAAAAUAUAAAUCGACCAACAAGAGUACAAAAACGAGAUAUUCAAUUGAUGACUAUUGUAAUAAGUGAAGUAAUUGUCUAUUAUAUAUCCACAGUAUCGUUUCCAAUAUAUUCAAUUUAUUUGGCUAUUACAUCAGAUAUUUCAAAAACAACAAAUCGUUUAGCUAUUGAAAGUUUUAUGCGUUAUUUAGCACUUAAAUUUUUAAUAUAUAUUAACUCAUGUUCAAUAUUUUAUAUUCAGUUGUUGGCUUCAAAACCAUUUCGUCAAGAAUGUAAAUUAUUAAUUUUACGUUCAUUCAAACGUGAUCAAAACAAGAGAACAACGAAAGUAGCAUCGGCAAGAUUGAAUACUAGACAACAAUUAAAUCGAUUCUACAAUCGUCAACCAAUAGAAUAA